AUGCCGAAGCCGGAAGGGUCCCGGCAGUUGUGGAGAGAAGGCCGCUCUCCGGUCAGAUAUUUACGCGGAAGACAUCGCACCGGUCGGAGUAUCUCUCCGUCAGAUUCGUCGGAAGGAGGAUCACUGGCUCAUUAUGAAGAGUUUUGGACACGGGAGAAAACGCCAGUAGUUCCCGACUAUCGAAUGGUGAGCUUUGAACUAUUCAAGAAUUGGUAUGGCGAUGGGUAUAGAAGAUACGCCAUAGAGGCAUAUGUUGCCAAGACCUGCAACACCUCUGAGCUCCUGGACGACAUCCGCCAAGAGGAAGAGAGAAGAAGUCACCCGAAGGCUACGUCUUUCGACGACAAAUUUCGGGAACCAGGUUCUGUUUUUGAACAGAAGCACACCGUUGUUGAAGAUUCCAGCGCGGUACCAGUGGAGGGUUUUAUUCAACGGGUUCGCGUUCAGUCACGACCUGUCUUGCAGUACUUGCUCAAAUAUGCCGACGCUACAGCUGUUGAGCGAUUAAGCUAUGAGCGCGGACCAGGUGUCACGUUCAUACGACCUUUCCGGAUGCUCAUAUUCUUUCAGGGCAAGAUGAAAGAGGGAUUGAACGUUCUCGAGAACAAAUGGGCAGAUCUGGAGAAAGAGCAAUCCAAGAUAGAUCCUGUUAUAUCCCCCAUCAAUAUCUCGACGCAGCAGGGGGACAACAGGCCUGCGACUCCCCCAAUGACUCAAAAUGCAAAUCCUGAAGAUAUUAGUCGGGCACAGGGAGUCUCAGAAGAGGUGCAAGACGAUCGUGACCCAGCAGACAAUACCUAUGAACGGGAGGAUAUCAUGGACAGCAUCAACGCUCUUCGGGACAUGCGAUGUUAUGUCAGUUUUGUCGACAAGCAUAUCAUGCCCACCGCUCGAGUUCAGAAGAUGGUAAAAGGAUUACCAACCAAAAUCCGGUUUGAUGACCUUUGGCUGCUCUUCAAGCCAGGCCAGAAUAUCAUCAGCACAGUCAAGGAGAGAACCGUGGGAGUGGGUGAUCACAGCAGAUAUCGAGAUGCCGAUCGAGAUACGGAAAAGUGGGAGCCAUAUCAGCAUGUGUGGAGGAUUUCUUCAGUUACCACACCGCGUGACCGCUUGAAUAACCUCCUUGUCAAGAAAGCCAAGCUACCAACUCCACCAACUUCUGUCAACAUUCAAGACGACCCUGAUGAUGAUGCUGAACGGAGGAUGUCCUUCCAAAUCCUCUGUUUCUACCUCGACUACGAUGGAUCAUCCUGGCAACCUGUUCAUACUAGGUUCUCUAUUCCGCCAUAUGACGAUGAAAUUAACAUAACCUCACUGCCAUUUCAUCCUCUGCAGUAUUGUGACAACUCCGAACAGAUUCUGAACGACUUGGCCGCCAUGGGUACAAGAUUUCAGAAUGCUGUGACAGACAAGCGCUUCUAUUACUCCGGCCUAACACUUGAACGCACACCGCGUGGAUCCCUAUUCGGAGAUGGUACCUACGAUUACGAUCGCGAAAGCAUAAGAGUUCAUUACUCACCCGAAAAGUAUAUCCCGUUCAAGCGUUCAGCUAGCCUUUCAGGUAAGCUGAUCGAAAGCGAAGUGGUAGUCGACUUCGAGGAAACGUACAUGAACACUCCUCGGCUACGUCCCAGGUCUAUUGCACUCAGCAACCUUAACACCUACAGAUACUGGCAAAUAACGGAUGACUUCUUACCCAUCCGUGUGUGGGACAGUGUGGAGAGAAAAAGUAUUCUGCAUAUUGUCAGGGACCGUGUUCAAGUCGAUGAUCCAGUGGCCUUUCUUGAAGCGGACCAAUGGAUUGACAGCACCUCGGCCAAUAGGUGGCACGCGGAUGAAGACGUGAACGUACACGCUUACGAUCAUCGUUUUGAGAUGUUGGAGGAUUUGGGCAACAGAUUCGGGCCUCUGACCAAAAGAAGAGCAGUUUUGAAGGAGGCUGAUCUUGUGCUCACCCCCACACGAGUCUGCGGCUACGCUUUCAAGGAAAAGGGGUUUUUCAUGUUGGAUUUGCACAAGCUUCAACCGAUUAUACAUCAGAACGGUGUCUUCGAAUCUCUCAAAAUCCCCAAAGAGUACAAGGAAAUGGUACGCAGUCUUGUCAGUUCCCAUUUUGAGAAGAAAAAGAUCGAACGACUGCUCGGUGACAGAUCUGAAGGCUCCAUCGACCAAGACAUUAUACAGGGAAAAGGGAAGGGUCUUGUCAUCCUCUUACAUGGUGUCCCUGGAGUGGGCAAGACCGCAACAGCGGAAGCGGUUGCAAAAGAAAACCAGAAGCCCUUGUUUACCGUUACCUAUGGUGACCUUGGCACCAACCCAUCUGAGCUUGAAGAAACGCUGGAGAGCCUCUUUCACCUCGCUAAUCGGUGGGACUGUGUCCUGUUGUUUGAUGAGGCGGAUGUCUUUUUGGCCGAAAGGUCUAGGACCGAACUUAAAAGAAACGCUCUUGUCUCAGUCUUUCUGCGUGUUUUGGAGUACUACCAUGGCAUCUUGUUCUUGACGACCAACCGUGUCGGAAGCAUUGAUGAAGCGUUCAAAUCUCGAUUACACAUGAUGCUUUACUACCCUCCUCUUGGCCGCGCACAAACCAUCGCCAUCUUCAAGGCCAAUAUUGCCAAGCUCAAGGCGAUCGAAAGGCAAAGGCAACUAGUGGUUGAUACACCGCCCUUGACAAUUAUUGAGGAUAGCAUCUUGAGGUUUGCUGAGCGACAUUAUGAUCAUGGUCUUCCCGGCGGGGAAAGAUGGAACGGUAGGCAAAUCAAGAACGCGUUCCAGAUUGCAGCCUCGAUGGCUCAUUACACCGCACGAGCACAAGAUUCUGAGCUUCAAAGCAGAGGUGAUGGCUCGGAUGGGUCCAAGGGCAAUGCGACAGUACCCGUGCUUGACGAGACUCAAUUCAUGAAGGUUGAGAAAGCCACACAGGAUUUUGACCACUACAUCACGCAAGCAAGGGGCUUUACUGAUGCCAAAUGGGCCAAGAUGAGUUCACUCCGACACGAUGAGUUCCAACCCGGCGUUGCAUCUGGAAACUUUCCAGCCCGAAACAUUCCUGCACCUCAUCCAACUCACAUAUCAGGGGGCGCCGCUGGCGGUUAUGGAGGCUACGGCACCGGGCCUACGGUGGACUCCUACCAGCCCGGCGUUCCGGUUCAGGCAGAGGGUAACAACUACCACGCAUACCGGGGGAGGAGUAGCCAGCGAGGCCAAGGCAGUUACGAGGAGUAUGACUCGGGUGGCGCUCAUCACCCUGUUGGCCAUCAAAGCCAGCCCCGCUUCCAUGAUGCAUACCGGCAUCACAGCGCCGAGCACAUGGGCCAAGUCACAUUGCCCUCCCGUUCUCCGGGCCCGAGCACCGCUUCUGCUCAUGGUUCCGGCUUGAAACCAUCACCAAACCGCGAGGAAUAUGGAAUGCAGGCACAAACAGGAGGGAACUAUGAGCGGUACUCUGAGAUGCCGCGGCCUGCGGUUUAUCAUAAUGACGAUGGGGAGGAUGCGUACACCUAG